AUGGUCAAAGGAAAAGUCCAUCUCGGUGUGUCGCAACCAUUAUCACUUGUCGGCCCAUCCGAGAAAGAUCGCAUGCUUGAAAAGCAGUUGGAAGCAGCAUUACAAAAACACAACAUGUACGAAUCGCGCGAGGUCUCUUUAUUAAGGGAUACUGUAUUACAAAAGUUGGAGCUUUUGACCCAGCAGUUUGUGUACAAGGCAAGCAUUCAGCUUGGCUUCACACCAGAACAAGCUCGUUUGGCAGGCGGAAAAGUGAUGACCUUCGGUAGUUGUCGAUUGGGCGUUCAAGCGGCCAACGCUGAUAUCGACGCCGUAUGUAUUUGCCCACGCCAUAUUACGCGAGAUCACUUUUUUGACGGCGUAUGUGAUAUACUUGAAAACGAACCCGAAGUAACACAAUUCACGGCUAUCAAAGAAUCCUAUGUACCAAUCAUCAAGCUCAAAUUUCUUGGUAUCCCGGUUGAUCUCUUGUGUGCAAGGAUCCCGUUGCCAACAGUGCCAAAAGAUCUCGAUAUCGACAACAAUGAAUUGCUUAUUUCGAUGAACGAGAAAGACAUACGCAGCAUCAACGGCACUCGAGUAGCAGACGCCAUUUUACAACUUGUCCCAGAUGUCGAUACGUUUCGUACAGCAGUUCGAUGCAUCAAAUUAUGGGCCAUUCGACGUGGGAUUUAUUCCAACAUUCUCGGCUUUUUGGGUGGUGUCGCAUGGGCCAUUAUGGUCGCUCGCGUUUGUCAAUUAUACCCAAAUGCAUGUGCAAGUACAGUAGCAAGCAAGGUGUUUGGUAUCAUGGUGAAUUGGCAGUGGCCACAUCCUGUACGACUAUGCGACGACAAGGAAGGUCCGUCUUUGGCUAAUCUACAAUCAUGGGAUCCAAAGAAAAACUACAUGGAUCGAGCACACAAGAUGCCCAUCAUUACACCUGCCUAUCCAACAAUGUGUGCCACUCACAACAUGACCAACUCAACAUUCAAAAUCGUCAUUGGAGAAUGUAAGCGUGCUGCACAAAUCAUGGACAAGAUUAUGGUUGGUAGUCUGCCUUGGGAAGCAUUAUUCGAGGGACAUGCCUUCUUUCGCAACUAUGAACACUUUUUGGAGAUCGUGGUGAGCAGUGACAAUGCUUCACGGCAGCUGAAGUGGACUGGUUUGGUGGAAUCACGUAUACGAGGAUUACUCAACAAGUUGGAAAGCGUGAAUGGUCUUGCAUUAGCUCAUCCUUUUAUAGAAGGCUUUGACAAUACGUACAAUUGCACAAGCUUUGACGAGGUGGAUGCUGCUACUCGAGGAGCAGGCAUCAAGACUCAAGACUCUGGACAAGGCAUGACAGUGUAUACAAGAACGUUUUAUAUAGGAUUGUAUUUCAAGCCUGUACCAGCUCGAGAACAAGUACGACUUAUCGAUAUUAGCUGGCCGAUCAGUGAUUUUCGGAGGUUUUCAAGGAGUUGGGAACAAUAUGAAGAACAACACAUGGAUGUCAUUGUACGACAUGUGAAAAGGUCGAUGCUCCCUUCCGAAGUAAGGCGGAUAUCAGUUGUCAAGCGUGCGAGCCAGACCGUAAGUGUGUCCUCAGCUUACAAGAAACCGAGGAUACAGUUCCCGGCAACGGCUCCAGCUGCAACCAUGAUACCACGAACAUGA